UUUUAUCAAUUUAAUGAUCUGUGCGCUCAUCAUAAGUUCUACUGAGUGAAGAACACAAGAAAACAAGAGUCAAUCCGUCACCACACACGUCAUUACUGCUACAAGCUAGCCCAUGUUCUAUUUAAACUCCGUGCUCUUAAGGACUUGCCCGCUAUAACUCAUCACAAAUUUGUACAAAGCUCAAAGCUCAAAUCCAUUCCCAGCUCUCCACCAUAACCACAGCACACUUGAAUCUGCUCAUCAAAAUAAACCACACAAAGCACUUGAAUCUGCAUUCCAGGAUCCAGGAUCCAGGCUCUAGCUAUGUCGCACCCCCACUUCCUGCUUGUGACGUUCCCUGCUCAAGGCCACAUCAACCCAAGCCUCCAGUUCGCCAAGCGCCUCAUACGCAUCGGCGCUCAAGUCACCUUCGCCACCAGCGUCUCUGCUCAUCGUCGCAUGUCGAACGCCUGCAACCCAGAUGGCUUAACCUUCGCACCCUUCUCAGACGGCUAUGACGACGGCUUCAAACUCACCGACAGCGUCGAACACUUCCUGUCCGAGCUGAAACGCCGUGGUUCAGAGACUCUCAGAGAGCUUAUUCUCAGCCUAGCUAGAGAAGGCCGCCCCGUUAGCUGCUUGGUUCACACCCUCCUCCUACCGUGGGCCGCAGACGUCGCACGUAACCUUGAUGUCCCCUGGGCCCUUCUCUGGAUUCAACCCGCAACUGUCUUCGACAUCUACUACUACAACUUCACAGGCUAUGGCGACCUCAUAUGUAACAACAAAAAUGACAACUCGUAUACUGUAGAACUACCAGGUCUACCACCACUCACCAGCCGAGACCUUCCCUCCUUUCUCCUUCCUUCCAAUACCUAUGCUUUUGCUCUCCCAAUAUUCCAUGAACAGAUCGAAACCUUGGAACGAGAAACCAAGCCACGAGUACUUGUAAACACGUUUGAUGCCUUAGAGCCUGAAGCACUGAGAGUCGUUGAGAAGAUUGAUUUGAUUGGAGUUGGGCCAUUGAUUCCGUCGGCUUUCUUAGAUGGCAAAGACCCAUCUGAUAAAUCUUUUGGAGGAGAUCUGUUCCAUGGUUCGGCAGACUACAUGGAGUGGCUGAACUCGAAAGCGGAUUCAUCUGUGGUCUACGUAUCGUUCGGAAGCAUCGCUUUGUUACCCAAGCGGCAAAUGGAAGAGCUUGCAAGCGCGUUGAUAGAGAGUGGUCGGCCGUUCUUGUGGGUCAUCCGGAAGAAUGAGAAUGCUUCAGAAGAAACGAAGAAAGAGGAAGAAGCGUUUCUGAGUAGGAUCGAAGAGCAGAAAAGAGAAGGAAUGAUAGUGCCGUGGUGUUCUCAGGUUGAAGUUCUCUCACACCCUUCGGUGGGUUGCUUCCUGUCGCACUGUGGAUGGAAUUCAACGUUGGAAAGUCUGGUGACUGGGGUUCGGGUGGUGGCGUUUCCACAGUGGACGGACCAAGCGACGAAUGCGAUGUUAAUAGAAGGUGUUUUCGGUACAGGGGUGAGGGUGAGAGAGAAGGAAGGAGAAGGAGAUGGAGUAGUUGAGAGGGAGGAGAUCAAGAGGUGCUUAGAUAUGGUGACGGAAGGAGAGAAUGGGGAAGAGAUGAAAAGGAACGCCAGGAAAUGGAAAGAAUUAGCCAAGAAAGCUGUGAAGGAGGAUGGUUCUUCUGAUAAGAAUCUCCGGCGGUUUGUGGAAGAGAUAAGAAAAGAUUGUUCUGUAGUUUAGAUUGUAUUGGUUGUAAAUUUUGUUGCUUUGCGUGUGGGUGAUGAGGAUUCAAAUUAAACGUAGGACAGGAUAUGUAUGUUAGUUUACUUAUCACUUUUUCUAAUUGUAAUUAAUCUUCUUUUCUUACUUUAGAAGAGUUCUUAUUCUUCUUGUGAAGAAGCUAUAAGUAUGGGAUUUUUUGAGAAAUU